GGGCGGGGCGCUGUGGAGCGGAGGGAAGCCGCGGAGGCAGCAGCGUGUGACUAACCUUCGCUGCGGCUCGCAGAGAUGCUUGGGCUACUGAUCCUCCUCCUUUGCUUCCUCUUCCUCCUGUACAUGGCUGCGCCCCAAGUCAGGAAAAUGCUGGCCUUUGGUGUGUGCACAUCUACUGUCCAGCUUCCUGGAAAGGUCGCUAUAGUCACUGGAGCGAACACAGGCAUCGGGAAGGAGACGGCCAAAGAGCUGGCCCGGAGAGGGGCCCGCGUGUAUUUAGCUUGCCGGGAUGUGCAAAAAGGAGAAGCAGUGGCCAGAGAGAUCCAAGCUGUGACAGGGAACCAGCAGGUGUUGGUGCGGAAGCUGGACCUGGCUGACACUAAGUGUAUUCGAGCCUUUGCUAAGGACUUCUUAGAAGAGGAAAAGCACCUCCACAUUUUGAUCAACAACGCAGGAGUGAUGAUGUGUCCCUAUUCCAAGACGGCAGAUGGGUUUGAGAUGCACAUAGGAGUUAACCACUUGGGUCACUUCCUCCUGACCCAUCUGCUGCUAGAAAAGCUGAAGGAAUCUGCUCCAUCGAGGAUAAUAAAUGUGUCCUCCUCAGGACACCUCCUGGGCAGGAUUCAAUUCCAUAACCUGCAGGGCGAGAAGUUCUAUCAUUCGGGGCUGGCCUACUGCCACAGCAAGUUGGCCAACGUGCUCUUCACCCGGGAACUGGCCAGGAGGCUACAAGGCUCUGGUGUCACGGCCUACUCUGUACACCCUGGCACAGUGCACUCCCAGUUGACCCGGCACUCAGCUUUGAUGAAGUGCAUGUGGUGGCUGUUCUCCUACUUCAUCAAGACUCCGCAGCAGGGAGCACAGACCAGCCUGCACUGUGCCUUAGCGGAAGGGCUCGAGGCUCUGAAUGGAAAUCAUUUCAGUGAUUGCCAAGUGACAUGGGUCUCAGGCCAGGCUCGUAAUGAGACGAUAGCAAGGCGGCUGUGGGACGUCAGCUGUGACCUGCUGGGCCUCCCAGUGGAUUGACAGGUGGCGGCAGUUGGACCCAAAAGAAGACUGCAGCCACUGAUACAGUACUCCCUGCCAAAUGAUCCUCCUCCAAGAUGGCCAAAGAGAACACCAGGAGCAGAACCUUCCAGCCUGGCUGGAUGGUGUCCAGCUACGUCUCGGCAUGCAGCCGGACCUCACAUUUGUCUAGACCCACUUUCUUCCUCUACUGCUGGAGCAUUCUGUGCCUCUCACUGGAUAAGAUGACCUCAUAUAACCUACGCAGCUUAUUUUCAAUCUGAAAUUUCCUCCUGUGCAGGAGGAUAGCGAGCCCUUCCCAGACCAUGAUGAAACCCAGGAAGUUGCUAUUUGUAAUCCCAUGGAAAAGUUACAGGAAUCCUAGGAAGUUGAUUCCAGUCUACCACUUCCAGAGCAACCCAUGGUGUGAAGAAAGACACUGAAGCAUAUUUGUGGGUAUGGGGAGCCACAGGUCCUAAGUCCGGCCAUAAUGAUGGCUCUCCAGACAAAGGCCUCGACCCAGGGCCGAACCCGAGCUUUAUUGUGAAGAUGUCCAUCCCGCCAGGCUCACAUGUUUAUUUGGGAGCUAUGGGGUGGGGGUGAGGGGAUGUCAGGGGAAACACUGCCCUGUCGUCUUUGCUUCAAGGACUACACACUUGCGCCUCAGCUGGGCCGAUUGGCAUUGCUUAGAGCCAAGCGAGGGGAGCAGGGGAGCGCCUAGCCAGCUCUGCACAGAGCAGUCCAUAGAAGUAGGGUCAGGUUCGGCCAAAAUGGAGACAGUUACUCUUCUUUCAAAGACAGUCAUCCAGAUGGCCCUCCACAUCGGAGGAUCUGUGCUCUGGCAGGGUUGAUGUAUGGGAAUGUGGACUGGCUUUUAUCCUCUUUUUCACACUGUAGUUCCUUCCAACCAAAAAUAAUCCUUCAAGAGGGGGCCAUGUUGCCACCUUGGCUGAACCUCACAAGUCACCGUGGUUUUUUAUUCUUUUCUCCUGGUACCAGGGAUUGAACUCAGGACCUUGUACUUGCCAGGCAGGCACUUAUUCUACUGAGCUAUCUCCCUGGCCGCCUCAGUGGCUUGUCUUAAGAGCAGAGCUUCAUAGCACCAGCAGAAUUCUUCCAGGAAACUUCACUGAAUCUGUAUUGUGGCCUGGCCUUAACUGACAACCUAGAGCCACUGAUGUUAGGAUAUUUUCCCACGUCUACACCACAGAGCAGCUGCCUUCCCUAAGAUGCUGGGGGACUUGGGGGAGGACAGAUGUAAAAACCACAUUAAACGAUCAUGUUCCUGUCCUUGCUCAGGCCAAUAAUGAGGUAAUAAAAGGAGUACUAUGACAAGGUAGACCAUA